AUCAUCUCUUUCAUUCUCAUCCUCAUUCCCAUCACUUUCUUUCACACACAAAAAAUACCCUAAAGAUCUCACCCAUAUUUUGUUUUUGUUUCAAUGGCAUCCUUUUCAACUAAAUCUAACCCUUUCCUCAUUGAUUCCAUUUUCUCCCCACAUAAAAUUUCUGGGUUUGUAGAAGAAAUUGAGAACCUCAAUUUCGAUCAGGUUUAUAGUGAAAAUAAUGAACCUUCUGGUUCAAUUUUUAAAGAGCAGAGCAGCACUGGUGAAUUCACUGUGGUUGAUGAUAAUGUCGCUCUUACAAGCAAGAAAAGAAGGGCUAAAAAUGGGGUGAAGGAUGAAAAAGAAGGGAAACCCAAGAAGCAAAAGAAGGGAAAUGAUGAAAAGAAGGCGUAUAAAGGUAGUAAAAAAGAUAGAAAGAAAGGUGGUGAAGAGCCUCCUAAUGGCCGUUACAUUCAUGUUAGAGCUAGGAGAGGUCAGGCAACUGAUAGCCAUAGCCUAGCUGAAAGGGUAAGAAGAAAGAAAAUCAGUGAAAGGAUGGAAAAAUUGCAGCGACUGGUUCCAGGAUGUGAUAAGAUAACUGGAAAGGCUCUUAUUUUGGAUGAAAUUAUCAAUUAUGUUCAGUCGCUUGAAAGUCAAGUAGAGUUUCUAUCAAUGAAGAUUGCUACUUUGAAUCCCAUGUUUUAUGAUCUAGGAGUUGACCCUGAAUCAUUUAUGGUCAAACCAGAGAUGGUAAAUAAUAUAUCCUCACCGCCACAAUGUUACCCCACUCAGCCUAUAACCACUACGGCUGCCGCCAUCGGCACCGCGGCCACAUUUACUCCGACUAAUAACAUUCCGCUCUUGGAUACUUCAGCUGCAUUUUUGUUUCACCAAGGAGAAACGUCUGCGGUCUUCUCUCAGUUUCAGGACAAUGGUAGUGUACUGUGGGAAGUGGAGGGCUCACGGCAAGAAUUUCUAAAUCCGUUCCGUUCAUUUUAAUGCAAAGAGCUGCCCUACAAACAUAUGCUUCCCAAAGAGACACAAGAUGCCAAAAGCAAAGGCAAAGGUCAGCAUUAAAGCUCUAAUUUCAAGUUCCAAAGGAUAUCAAGGACAUCAACGAGGAAGAACACAAAGGACAAACAUAAUCCACUAAAUAAGACUAUAAUUUUUGGUAGUGUUAGAUCCAUUAUUUCCUUUUCCUUUUGUGUUUCUCAUUAAGUCUCCCAAGCACAAAUGCCAAGACCCAACAUUGGAUUGACUUAGGAAAAGGAAAAAGGAAAUAAUAGUAACAUAGAAGUAUGUUUUAUUGUUACUUUCUUUUAGGGUUUAGUGACAAAGAAAGAAAGAAAGUGAACUUGAAAGCAAGUCCUGCUUUUGUUUAUCAAAUAAUUGAGUGGAAUGAAAAUACAAUUUUAGUUAAAUUAAGUAA